UCUGUCAAGGUUUGAAGGGUUAAAGGAACCAGCAAUGCCUACCGUGAUGAAGUCUCCAGGCUCCACUGCAAUUGUCUGUCCUAACCGAGCCAAGCCAGACAGCUUGGGAAGCAAUUCCGAGGAGGACAGCAGUGAGGAUGAAGCACCAAGGGACAGCAUGAUCAGAGUGGGUUCGGAUUUCCAGGCUCCGAUUCCAGAUUGUAAACCAGAUUAUCCAACACAAAAUAUUGUGGAGAUGAAGGGGAUGUUGGUAUGGUCACCUAAUAAUUUCGUUUCAGAUGCUAAAUUGGAUGAGUACAUCUUGAUGGCAAAGGAGAAACAUGGCUACAAUGUGGAGCAGGCUCUCGGUAUGCUGCUUUGGCACAAACAUGAUGUUGAACGCUCUCUUGCUGACCUUGCAAAUUUUACACCAUUUCCUGAUGAGUGGAGUGUGGAGGAUAAAGUCCUUUUUGAACAGGCGUUCAGUUUUCAUGGGAAAUGCUUCCAGCGGAUACAACAAAUGCUCCCAGAUAAACUGAUCCCCAGUCUAGUGAAGUACUACUACUCAUGGAAGAAGACCCGAAGCAGAACCAGUGUGAUGGACUGGCGACUACAGAGCAAGCAUGAGGAAGGUAAUGAAGAGGUAGAUGAUGUGCAUAAAAUGAGUAACAAUGACUUGGAUGCUGCAGACAUUAAGAAGGAGGAAUCUCAUAAAUCUACAUCUAUUGGAAAGCCUGGACCAGUCAAAAAAGAAUCUGUGGUAUCUCAGUAUCGACAUCACCCAUUACGAUCACGUCGUAGGCCGCCAAAAGGCAUGCAUCUUAGCAAGAGUGAUUUAGCUGCUGUGUGUGCUAGCCAAGAAAUGCCAGUGCUCACUCUAAAUCAACUGGAUACACAGCUUGUCUCACUAAAGUGCCAGGUACAACACAUUAAACAGAUGAACAGUAGCUUAAAACAGACUAUAAAUGGAGGGAUAAGUGACAUUAGACCUCCAGAGCUGAAUAUCAAGCUAAAUGCUCGCUGGAGUACAGAUGAGCAGCUGCUGGCUGUACAAGCUGUCAGACGAUAUGGUAAGGAUUUUCAGGCCAUCUCGGAGGUUCUGGGUAAUAAAACUCCAUCCCUGGUGAAGACUUUUUUCAUAAGUUAUCGGAGACGUUUUAACUUGGAGGAAGUUCUUCAGGAAUGGAAGGCAGAACAGGACGAUGCUCAAUCUAAUGCACCAAUGGACUCUACCAGUAAGAAUACUGGGUUCUCCCAGAAGGUCACUGAAGAUGAAGAUGAGGUACAAAUCAUUUCAGUGUCCUCUACCACUCAGACUGGAAUGACAACUACAACAGUGCCUCCUGCUGCCACUACUUUGUCUCCUCCCCCUCCCCUUCUGCGUCCAGCUCUUCCAUCAGCUCCAACGUUGCAUCGUCCGCCUCCUCCACUCCAGCCUGGACGCCUCCUUCAGCCCCGUCCUCCCCCUCUUGUGCUUCCAGCUUCCCGUCAGAGUCCUCGUGCACCACCUGCCCUAUUAGGAAAUCAUGCUGAGCCAGCCUUCUCAUGAAGAAUUAUUUUCUACAUUUCCUGUUGCAAAUUGUGAAGGGAGUGGGUUUAUUUAUAGGGUUGUAUUAAAAUAUCUGAUCUUCAGAACUACAUGUUUCAAAGGAUCAUCAUUAACCAUUGUGUGGGAAGGAAGCCCUUGUGCAGGAUGCAUAUUCAUGUGGCGAGAGCACUAAAAAUUGAACAAACUCCUAAUGUGUACAACUAAGAAGGGAACUUUAUGAGCUCUUAAGUCAAGUAUUCAAAUUGGGGUGUGUCAACUAAACUGAUGGAUUUUGGACAUGUGUUCUCUGAAGCGUUGAUGCAUUUACUUGAAAAGCUGUGGUAAAAUGUAAAGGCCUAAGCGUAGUGGGGGACAUUUAUCCUUGCAUUUUGAGCUGUUUUGUUUUUUAUGACUUUUUAUAUAGCCAUUCUUCACAAUGUUGACUUGCAGCACACCAUUUAUCCUUUUCACUAUGCAGUGGUCAUGUAUUUUUUAACUUCGACUUUUGUUAAAGUAGCAAAUUCUUGCCCAAACCCUUUCAAAACAUCGCAAAAAUACACCAUCCCUGACGUGGCUUAGAUUUUUGGUGUAUGUGAAAACCCAGGUAAUAUGUAUCUGCACAUAAUUUAUCAAAUGCCAUGUGUCCAUUUAAUAAAUUUGGUGCACCUACACAUUACCAGCACACACAAAAAGGUGUAAAAAAGCUUCACCUAUGUCCCCCUGUGUCUUUGUGAUAGCUGUGUUUCAGGUUCCACAUGAGCCCCUGAUGGUGGGUUUUAAUCUAAUUUUCAAGUUGGUGUCAGCUAGUGUGACAGUGUUCGGCCAUGCUAAAAUACACUUAGUGGGUAUGUUGUAGUG